GCAUCCCAUUAUCGAAUAAUGAUAGGCCAGAGAUUAUUAGGUAUCAAAAGUUCUUCGCAUCGAAACAUGAUGUACCAUUAGAAGAAUAUAAUAAUCAAUUUAAUCGUAUAAAUCUGCUUUCACUUGAAUCUGAAGAAGAGCUUGAAGAAAUAGAUUGGUCUGAAUUGAUUUAA